AAAGUGCAAAUACUGAGAUCGUUGGUGAAGCAGCGACUAACUGCGGCUGCUGAAGAGAUAUUUGGGCUGUUUGAAAGAACGAUAGCAGAGUACGAGGAGGAACUUUGUCGAUCAAAAGAGGAGAACGAGCGACAACGGAAACUACUGGACGCUGUUUUCAACCCUCAGCUUCGGUUACACAGAGCAGACGUCCAGCAGCUGUUGGUGGUUAAAGAAGAGGUUCCCACUGAGCAGCAGGAGUGGAGCUCCAGUGUGGACCAGGAGGACCCAGAGCCUCCACACAUUAAAGAGGAACAGGAGGAGCUCUGGAUCAGUCAGGAGGGAGAGCAGCUUCAAGGGCUGGAGGAGGAUGAUAUCAUCAAGUUCACAUUCACUCCUGUCCCUGUGAAGAGUGAAGAUGAUGAAGAGAAACCUCAGUCCUCACAUCUUCAUCAAAGACACACUGAACAGAUGGAAACAGAAGCAGAUGGAGAGGACUGUGGAGGAUCAGAACCAGCCAGGAACUCAGAUCCAGAUACACAUUUACACCCAGAGACUGAUGACAGUGAUGAUUGGAAGGAGACCAGAGAACCUCAGUCAGGUUUAAAUUCUCUGGAAAAUGAUGAAGUCCCUGUCAGUGAUUUGAUUGUUCGUGAGAAACAUUGCUCUGAGUGUGGGAAAACAUUUAGUCGCAGUGGAGAUCUGAUGGUACACAUGAGAUCUCAUACAGGAGAGAAACCAUUUAGUUGCUGCGAGUGUGGGAAAAGAUUUAGUCGCAGUGGAGAUCUGAAUGGACACAUGAGAUGUCAUACAGGAGAGAAACCAUUUGACUGCUCUGAGUGUGGGAAAAGAUUUCGUCAAAGUGGACAUCUGAAAAGACACAUGAGAUCCCAUACAGGAGAGAAACCUUUUAGCUGCUCCGAGUGUGGGAAAAGAUUCACUUGCAGUGAAGGUCUUAGGGGACACAUGAGAUCUCAUACAGGGGAGAAACCAUUUAGCUGCUCUGAGUGUGGGAAAACAUUUGGUUUCAGUGGCGAUUUGAAGACACACAUGAGAUCUCAUACAGGGGAGAAACCAUUUAGCUGCUCUGCGUGUUGCAAAAGAUUUGGUAAAAAUGUAGAUUUGAAGAAACACAUGAGAUCUCAUACGGGGGAGAAACCAUUUAGCUGCUCUGUGUGUUGCAAAAGAUUUGGUCAAAGUGGAAAUUUGAAGAAACACAUGAGAUCGCAUACAGGGGAGAAACCAUUUUGCUGCUCUGAGUGUGGGAAAACAUUUGCUUUCAGGGGAGAUGUGAAGAAACAUAUGAUAUCUCAUACAGGGGAGAAACCAUUUAGCUGCUCUGUGUGUUGCAAAAGAUUUGGUCGAAAUGGAGAUUUGAAGAAACACAUGAGAUCUCAUACAGGGGAGAAACCAUUUAGCUGCUCUGAGUGUGGGAAAAGAUUUGGUUAUAGUGAAAAUUUAAAGAUACACAUGAGAUCUCAUACAGGAGAGAAACCAUUUUGCCGUUCAGUUUGUGGAAAAUCAUUUACACAAUGUGGAAAUUUACUUACACUCAUGAGGAGAACUCAUGAAGGGGAAAAUUGAUUCACCUUUUAUUUGGAAAAAGACUUUAAAAACAACCAUGAGAACUCGUACAGGACAAACACUUUUCAUCUUCAGUGUUUGUAUGAAAUCUUUUACACAAACUGGACAGUUACACAAAUACAUUAAAUCCCACACAAGAAGGAAACCCUUCAGCUGCAGAGGUUGUCACUAAAGAUUCACUUGGCCUUAACAACUCAGAAACUAUCAAUGUUUUGUUUGUUAGUCUGCACAGCCUCAUCAAACUCAAACUGAGGAGAGCAGAGAGGCAGAGCCUCCAGCCAGCAGCUCAACUACACAGAUGGAACCAGAAGUUGAAGGAGAGGACUUUGGAGGACCAGAUUCAGCCAGAUACACAUUUUCAACCUGAGACUGAUGAUAAGACAGAAGACUCUUCUAAACCUGUGACUGAUGACAGUGAUAAUGGUUGGAAGGAGACCAGAGAACCUCUGUCAGUCAGUCAUGUGACACUCAAUACUAACUAAGAACAAUUAAGUUACUCAGUGUGGGGUAAAAAGAUUUGUCUGUCAGAGAUGCUCAGUUUUUACAGUCCACAGCUCCUCUGCAUAGUUUCUGCCAUCUUUCCUUCUCUCAUCUUAUGUGCAGCAGCACUGUGCAGUCAAGGGCUGGGCCUUGGGUUGAUGCAGGCACAUCAGAGGGAACGCCACUGAGCAACCUUCUUGACUCAGUCUUCAUUUGGAAAAAUCACAAAAUCCCAUUACCUUAAAAAUGGUGCCACAUGCCAACACAUCUCUGUCAUAAUUUUCUUUUUUUCUUUUCUUUCCUUUUUGUAAAAUAGUCAGUAGCAAUCUACAACAAAAUGAUAUGCUGAUUCUACAUGAACCCGAAGAACCAUGAAUAAACUAUAUGUAAUUUAAAAA